AUUUGCACAAACAAGUUAAGGUUGGGCCCAGAGGCUUCUCUGAAGAGGCACCUCUUAUACGAAUUCUGUUGUCUUCAGUUUAUCUAUCGACCCUAUAAAUAACAGUCUCUGUGUGUGUCUUAAUCAACGCAAUAUAGUUCAAGCUGAAUCAAGGGUAUUUCAGGGUUGAACUGAUGGCUUUUAAGCAGCUUGUUUUGAUUGUAUUCAUAUUUGUCUCAUUUUAUCAAAGUAAAGGCGCCACAAAUGUUCAAUCUGCUUGCGAGCUGGCUCCUGAUCGUAAAUUCUGCGAGUCCAGUCUCUAUGCAAAUUCAGCAUCAUCACAAGCAGGUCCCAAAGAUAUGAGUCAAAUGGCUGUGAAGAGGAGCAUAGUUGAAGCAAAUACUGUUCGGCAAUAUAUUCCGAGCCCCCCCGGUGACGCUCAGAAUAGCCAAGCGCUCCAGGACUGUAGCCAACUCUACGAUCUUACAGUAGACUAUUUGAAUAACGGUCUGGCGAAAUUGACAGGAGACUCUCUACAAUGGAAGCAAGCAGUGGAUGUUCAGAGUUACUUGAGUGCAGCCCUAACCAACCAGGUCACCUGUCUGGACGGCCUCUACGAAGCAAACGUAAACCUGCGCUCAUAUUCUUUCACCAAUCACAUAUCUAAUUCCUCGCGCUCCGUAAGCACUUCUCUUGCUUUGGUAAAGAAGUAUUGGAUCGGUGGCACGGACUCUGCUCAAACUUCUGUCAAAAACCGCCGCCUUUUAUCUGAUACCCCUCAAGUUAGUCGCGUGGACGAUGAUUUCUUGUCUCAGUAUGGAUCUGUGGACGAUGGCUUUCCAUCGUGGGUGUCUCGGAGGGACAGAAGAUUGCUUCUGCAGACGGCCAGUGGCGUCAGCUUAACGGGCAACGUGGUGACGGUGGCGAAGGACGGCAGCGGUAAUUAUACCACCAUUACUGAUGCCCUCAAUGCUGCCACACACAAAAGCGCAACCAGAUUAGUCAUUUAUGUUAAGGCGGGAGUGUACGCGGAAUAUGUUAGUGUAGCCAAUAAUAAAUAUAAUAUUAUGCUCAUUGGCGAUGGAAUUGAUUCCACAGUCAUUACUGGAAACAGAAGUGUUGUAGAUGGGUGGACUACAUUUAGUUCUGCGACACUGGCCAUAACUGGGAAGGGUUUUAUUGCACGGGACCUGACGAUUGAGAACACGGCAGGCGCAGUGAAGCUCCAGGCGGUUGCUCUACAAGUGGGAGCAGAUCUCUCUGUUUUCUACCGCUGCAGUUUGAAGGGAUACCAAGACACUCUCUACGCACACUCACUUCGCCAAUUCUACAGAGAAUGCGAGAUAUACGGCACUGUGGAUUUCAUCUUUGGCAAUGCCGCAGUAGUUUUUCAGGACUGAACUCUUCUUGCACGGAAACCCAUGGACGACCAGCAGAAUCUUUAUACUGCUCAAGGUAGAACUGACCCAAAUCAAAAUACUGGAAUAUCAAUUCACAACUGUAAUGUAACUGCUGCACCGGAUCUGGUUCCUGUUAUCAGCUCUUUCCCCACAUACCUGGGUAGGCCAUGGAAACUGUACUCUCGUACUGUUUACAUGCAGUCUUAUCUAGACAGUUAUAUCCAGCCUGCUGGGUGGUUAGCAUGGUCCGGUGACUUUGCGUUGAGUACGUUAUAUUUUGGUGAAUAUGCCAACAGAGGACCCGGGGCCGGUACUUCAAAUCGAGUUACAUGGGCUGGUUAUCAUGUGAUGAACGGCACUGAUGCUCAAAAUUUCACCGUAACUUCAUUCAUCUCCGGCGAUUCAUGGUUACCAGCAACAUCAGUUACCUAUGAUGGAGGCUUGCUUUAAGCAUGAAUUCUUCCUCCCAUUCCUCUCGCAAUAUUUAUUCUUUUCAAGCCAUCCAAGAAAUAAAAGAGAGUCAACUAAGCCCAAAAAUCAGCUUAUGUAUUCAUUUUAUUUAUUUAUUCAAGGGUCAAUAUUGCCUCUUUUUUAUAAAUGUACUUGUCCACAAGGUUUUCAAUAAAAGUAGUUGUUGACAAAGUUCAGCUUCUAUAUGAGAUAUGGGUUUCUCUGGAAUGCCACAUAUAGGGAGGCAGAGAUGGUGCAGAUGUGGGCUGUGGGAACGAUGUUAGAGGUGUGCACUAUGGCCAUUCGCAUGGCAACAUCAUUUACAAAAUCUUAAUUGAGUUUUUUUUGCUUUAAUACAUUAAAGGAAAAGA